UUGGCGGUCGGUCGCUAGAUCUAAUCCGCCUCGCUGCCCCACUCGAUUUUUCGGGAAUAUUAAAAAACAAAACCAAAUAUAUAUCGGCUAUAUAUAUUUCCUUAAUUUUUUUUGUGCCUGUCUGUGAUUAUGUGCCAGGGUAUUGCCGGAAAGAACUGAUUGAAUAUAUCCCCCGUUAAACUAUGGCCAAGGCCAGCGUCCUGUUCCUGCUCCUCCUCCUCGCUGUGGCCAACUGCUGCCUGGCCCUCGAUGGCGGUGCCCCCGUGCCGGACACUUGCAACCUAAAGGAUAAUUGCAAUUUGGGCGAUAAUCUGCUCAGUCGAUCGGGCCAGGGAUCGGAUCAUCCUGGCGAUGUGGCCGGGGAUAAGCUGGAGAGCAAGAUCGCAUCGAUUUUCGAGGACAAGGUGAACUACAGCCUGAAGCUCUUCGCCGACGAGGCCACCACCACAAUCCUGGAGUAUCAGACGGCCAAUCUCAGUGAGCUGCAUGCGGGGCCCGGAAAUUUUACGCUCCACCAGCUGCAUCGACUGGAGGCCGCCAAUGCCCACGAAGACGAUCAGGUGGAGGAGGAUGAGAAGGUUUAUUUGUACAACAUCGGCAGGCGUUUUCUGGCCAUCACCCAGCCAUUCGAUCCGGCCAGAAAUCCGGAUGCCUCAUCGCUGUGCCGCCGCCAGAUGCGCCAAUACCUGGAUGCCUUGGACAACUUUGAUUUGUGGGCGCUGCAAAUGCACGAUGCCAGUGGCAAGCUAAACUCCGGCAUUUUGAAUGGCAACAUCAAUCAGCCCGGGGACUUUGAUCAGUGCUUGGGCAUCCAGCAGCGGAUGAAGAAGGACAACGACCAGGAUCAGGAUCAAGAUGACCUAAUACUCCGCGGCCAGUAUUGUCUGGCCUAUGCCCAACCAGUCCUGCCCCACAAAUCGAAGCGUCUGCAGAGCUUCUUCAAGCUCAUCCAAUCCCAUGGACCCUUCAAGAGCGAGUUCAAUGACCCCGGUCACCGAGUGCCCCGCUACUCGCUAAUCAACUGGGGCCUGUGCGUGCCCUCGGGCUGCUCGGCCCGGGACGUGGAGUACAGUGUGGCAGAGUAUCUGGCCAAUCAGACGGCCUCCACGGGCAUCAGCUUUAAUGUACGCGUAGAGCCGCAGAUGUGCCAGGUGAGGGAUCAGCGGCCCUGGGAUAGGAACACCACCUGGGCAGUGCGCUUCUUUGUGCUGAUACUCUCCGUGGCCAUACUGUCCACCAUCUACGAUCGCUCCACCAAGUCCCAGCCCAAGCAGAAUGCCUGGUUCACAGCCUUCUCGCUGGACAAGAACCUGCGCUGGCUGUUCAGCACCAGCAGUGCCCCCGGUGACAUUGAGGCUGUCCAUGGCAUCCGCUUCCUGAAUGCCAUCAUGCUGAUCUUCUCGCACAAGUCGAUGGCCAUGUUCUUUAAUCCCUACAACAACCGCACAGCCAUGUCGGAGAGCCUGGGCCAGCCCUGGACGGUGAUUGGCAGGGCUGCCUCCCUGUACACGGAUCCCUUCUUGCUGUUCAGUGGCAUGCUCACCGCCUACUCGCUCUUUGGACGCCUGAUGAAGCAGCAGCCCAUUCGGCUGAAGAACGAGUACAUCAGUCGCCUGAUGAGAAUUGUCCCUCCCUUGGCCGCCUUGAUCCUGUUCUGCACCUAUGUCCUGCCCUUGUGGGGCAGUGGGCCCCAGUGGAACCUGGUGGUGGGCCAUCAUGCGGAUAUUUGCAAGAAGAACUGGUGGCGCAACCUGCUCUUCAUCCACAACUACUUUGGCUUCAGCGAGAUGUGCCUGACGCACACGCACCACCUGGGCAUUGAUACGGAGCUCUUUGCCGUGGCUCCUCUGCUGAUACUGGGACUGUGGCGGUGGCCACGACGGGGACUCAUGACCCUGCUGCUGCUCUGCACAGUGGGCACGGCGGCCAGAUACUACACAACAAUAGUGAAUCAGCUUUCGAAUUAUAUAUACUUUGGCACCAACAUCCAGCGAUUGUUCCGCACGGCCGACUACAUGUACUCGUUCCCGCCACAUCGCUCCACGGUGUACAUCAUGGGCAUCCUGCUGGGCUAUGUCCUGCGAAAGUAUCAAAAUGCCAGGCUGAGCAGCCUGCAGCUGAGGCUGGGCUGGCUGGUGGCCACCGUUUGUGUGCUGGCCUCGCUCCUGGGACCAGCUCCAAUGGGUGACAUCAACUAUGUGUAUAAUUCCACGCAUGCAGCCAUCUACGCGGCCUUUGCCCCCAUAGCCUGGUGCCUGUUCUUCUCCUGGAUUGUGUUUGUGUCUCACAAUGGUUACACGAAUAAACUAACGAAGCUGUUUGCCUGGCGCGGCUUCCAGGUGUCCACAAAGCUCUCGUACGCCAUUUACCUGACGCAGUUCCCCGUGUUUUUCUUCAAUGUGGGCCGAAGGCGUCAUAUACAUCACUAUUACAACUUUGUUUCGAUUAUACUCGACACCAACGAGUUCAUAUCGAUCUUCCUGGCCUCCGUGGCCCUGACGGUGCUCUUCGAUGCACCCUUCCAGAAUCUGAAGAAGCUGCUGAUCAAGCGGCCCACGGCCACCGUGGCAAAGGCAGCUCCAGAAUCAGUGGAGGCUGCGACGACGAAGCCCAGCCCUAGCACUGCCCGCCAUGCGAAACCGAAUCCAAAUCAGCAUCCGCACUCCGAUUAGCACACUCCCCUUUUUUAGCAUGUAAACUUGUAAAUGUCUUCUUAGCAUUUAGUGGCAAAUAUGUUUAGUUAAACCCGGCGAUAUACCCAACCCGAGCCCCUACCCUUCCCUAGCUAUAGUCGAACGCUUUAUACAUUGUAAAUUGUACUGUUAGUCAAGAGUCGAGCGACAGAAUGAGAAGGAUAACACUUUCGUAGUCAUAGAACCGAUCAAUCAAUCACUGCUUGAUGUGCGAUAUUAUCUUGCUUGCUUAAAACCGAGGGGCAGUCGGAGGAGUUUAGGAUAUCCUCGAGGCCCGAAUGUUUCUUAGAUAUUAAACUUACCUUACCCUAAGCAAGGUCGAAUGAACGUAUUUUUUUUUAUAAUUUAAUUAAUGAAAUAAAAUAAAGAAAAAUGUUACAGAAAAA